UAACUUAAAGAUCCUUAUUCCAAAACAAAAUUCAAACCAAGAAAUUAAGAAAAUGGAGAGAAAAUCUGAUCAUGCUACUUCUAAUCGUAUCUAUGAUGAAUUCGAGCCACUCUCGAAUUGGAAAUCUGAACAAGGAUUCGAAACUCUCACUGUUUACCUUCCAGGAUUUAAGAAAGAGCAACUUAAAGUGCAAGUAACCACAACGAGGAAGCUAAGAGUGAUGGGAGAACGUCCUGCAGGAGCCAACAGAUGGAUCCGUUUCCGCAAGGAGUUUCCUAUUCAACCAAACACCGAUAUUGACUCCAUCGCUGCCAAAUUUGAAGGCGCAAAUCUUGUUUUGAAGCUCCCUAGAACCGAGCCAGUGAGCAAACAAACUUCUCCCACUGGUACAGCCACAAAACCUCCUCCAGUUCCUAAGGAAACCGAGAAAGUUCAACCACCAAAGCCAAUAAGAGAGAAAGAACCGGAAGUAAAGAAACAGACCGAGAAGGUUCAUUUGCCAAAGGCAUCAAGAGAAGAAGAGGACACUUUUAAAUCUACAAAGAAGGAAAAAUGUUGUGAUGGUAUACUUAACCAAGAUUACAAAAGUAAAGUGAAUGCAUACAAGGAGAAUCUUGGAGGAUAUGUGGCAUUGAUGAAGAAUAACAAGAAAGCAAUCACAGUUGGUAUGGUUGCUCCCGCAGCUGCGGUUCUGUUGCUGUCGAUUGGAUUCUAUGCUGGUCAAAUGUUUACUUCUAAUUAACCACUUCUGAGAUCUCUCAAACGCAUAUAAAAAAUGUAUUAACUUUACAUAUAUAUAAUAAAGCAUAUUAAUA